AUGGCGUUCCCGAUCCCCCCAAUACUGCGUCGAGCACCGCCGUUCGUACCGCUCCUGCUGCUUCUGCUCGUGACGUCGCUCUUGCUCCUCGGCCACCCAACGACACGGCAGCAUGUCGUCCCCUCGUCCUGGGUCGGCGGGUCAGGCCGGGGCGGACCCGUCGGAAUCAGCGCGACGGACGAAGCACCAUUACCGAAGGAGUACGAGCAGUGGUUCCCGUCAGGCCAGCUACCGCACGAGCUGGACGGCGAGCCGCGGCUUGGGAAGGCGCUCAAAGCCUUCCUCCGCCGGCCGGCGCUGUCGCACGACGAGGCGGCGAACCACGACCACUGCCCUGCGCACCUCGCCAAGCUGCUCGUGAACCCGGACCAGCUCAAGAAUGACGGCCCAUUCUGGCGUGCGCUGAAGCCCGAGGAGAUUAGGCAGAAACGCGCCGAGCUCGUGCAGUAUCUCGCGGCACGGCAGGCGGAGGGGUAUAACCUUGUCCACUCUGAUGGCGAGAACGGCAACAGCACGGGCAAGGGGCGCGGCAUUGUGCUCACUGCGGGCAACAAGGACACGACCGAGCGCGCGAUCACGCUCCUCCGCAUGCUGAAGAGUUAUGGGAAUACGCUGCCGAUCGAGGUGUUCCACUACGAGGGCGAGCUGACCGAUGCUGGUCAGCGGAGUGCCAUCGAGGAGCUCGGUGGCAAGGUCAUGCAGGUGCGCAACGCGGAGAAGAAGGCUGGCCGGUGGAAGAACUGGCAGAUCAAGAGCAGCGCGAUGAUCGAGAGUUCGUUCCGGGAAGUCCUGUCGCUGGACUCGGACAACAUCCCCCUGGGGAAGGUGGAGCAUCUCUUCGACGCAGACCUGUACAAGAACCACGGCGGCGCCGUCUUCUGGCCCGACAUCACAAAGGACCACCCCGACAAUGCGAUCUGGCGCGUGGUCGGCGAGCCGUGCUCGUUCGACGAGUGGACCUUUGAGUCGGGCCAGAUUGUCUUUGACAAAGCGGGCAAUGGGGGACUCAACCUCGCCGCCCUCUGGCUCGCGACGGGCAUGAUGGCCGACGACGCGUUCUGGUUCAAGCUCUGCGGAGGCGACAAGGAUACGUUCCGGUGGGCGUUCCGCGCGCUCGACAUCCCCUACGCUCGCAGCCAGCGCUGGCUCUCAGCCCUCGGAUACCUCCAGAACUCUGGGUCUUUCUGCGGCCACACGAUGCUGCAAUACGACAUCACGAUCCCGGAGGGGCAGGGCAACUACCCGCCCCUGUUCGUGCACAGUAACCUCCUGAAGCAUCUUGGCGCGGAGCAGGAGCGGCCCAUCUUCAAGCUCAUCAAGAAGAUGAAGGUCGACCGCGCUUCGGAGCCGAGCUUAAACUAUGCCCUCCUCGACGUCAAGCUCAGUCCGUGGAUGUGCACCGACCUCGCGAUCCAUCCCCAUGUCAAGCCGGACGAGAUCAAGGACAACUUUGUCGAGCUCCAGGAUAUCUCACAGGUCGAGGGCAACCCAUUCGACGGAUUCGAGAAGCUCUUCUUCGAGUCGGGAGGAAUGGUUGGCGGGUGGUGA